UCUACCACCCGUUGGACACUAGGAGCCCUCUCGGUGUGGCUCGCAAAAAAGUUUACACUUCCCGGAGUACUAGCCACAGUCAUCUUUUUCCUACUGCGAGAGGGUUGCGCCGAAGGUUUUCGGGCGCCUUGCCAUACGUUUGCAGCGCAGAUUCAUUGGCGCGCCGUCGUUUCUCAGCUCCGCUUUCCUUGCGAAGAGAAAGGGAUCUUUGUUAGGGCGGUUGGUUGUGGACGCUGCCGCGUUGAGUCGCGCAUUGCUCCCAGUAUCAUGGCCGAUUAACAUAUGCUCCGACGUUUGGUCUGAGCUGCUUACUGGUUUUGAGGUU